AAAGUUUGUCACAUGGUCAUUUAAUUGAAAUUAUAAAUAAAAAAAAGGAGAUCAAUGGCGGAGGAUCAAGCAACGGCGACGUUGAAAACAUCGACGGUGGAGAAGCAGCCGGAGACUGAGUCACCAAGAGUCAUGACAACAACAAAAAGGAUGAUGGUUGCGAUCGACGAGAGCGAUUCGAGCUUCUAUGCUCUUCAAUGGGUCAUUGACCAUUUCUCUAGCCUCUUAAUGACCACCGAGGCAGCUGGAGCGGAAGGUGAUUUGCUCACGGUGGUUCAUGUGCAGUCUCCGUUUUAUCACUUUGCGGCUUUCCCGGCUGGACCCGGAGGCGCAACAGCAGCAGUCUACGCAUCGACCGCAAUGAUAGAGUCAGUGAAAAAAGCACAACAGGAGACCUCUGCAGCUCUUCUCUCGCGUGUACUCCAAAUGUGUCGGGCCAAACAAAUACGUGCUGAAACUCUGGUGCUUGAAGGCGAUGCAAAGGACAUGAUUUGCCAGGCGGUGGAGCAAAUGCACGUUGAUCUUCUUGUUGUCGGUAGUCGUGGCCUUGGCAAGAUCAAAAGAGCGUUUCUUGGGAGCGUUAGCGAUUACUGUGCUCAUCACGCCAAAUGUCCCAUCCUUAUCGUGAGGCCACCAAAGGAGAUAACAAGUUACGUAAUAAGGUCUACUACUGUAUGGGCAAAAGUGUGUCGUAUGUACUUGUGUUUGAAGUUUUUGUGCUUUUAUGUGCGUAUGGUUGAAGACUAAUGUCAGUGACAUGAAUCGAGUCAAAUAAAUGCAGUAUGUAUAGUUCGUGCGGUGACUUAAGUUUAUCACUUGAGUGCACCAAAACUGAAUAAACUGAUGCUUAUCUA